AUGGAUGAUGUGGAACUAUCAUCGCUUUUUCGUAAAAUAUCGAAGGGAAGAAUUAACAGAAUUCCAUUGGAACUCGCAAUCACUAUAUUAACAGAACAUUUUAAAAAGAGCCGACAUUUAUCAUGUCAGAUUCCGCUGAGUGAAGUUGUCAAUGAAUUAUAUCUAAGAAAAAUAGAUACUAUAAGUGGAACUAAUGCACAUGUAUUGAUGACUGGAGGACCAAGAUAUUUAAAAGGUAAUCCCGAUGGAUGCCUACAUUCAAAAGUAUUUUUUCCAGUGAUAACAUUCGAACAAUUUAGGAUGUACGCAAAAGCUGUAAAAGAUUUUUUAGAUAUAUAUGACGGCAACUUUUAA